GUAGUGUUUAGCAACUUGACGCUGUACUGUAUCACUUUUCAUUCCCACUACGGUAGUCUAGGUGACGGCGCGCAAUAUCGGAACGUGCAAUGACAUCAAUGUGGUUUGUGUUGAUCCAUGCCCUCGGCUUGGGUUUGAUCGUUGAAAUCGCCGCCAACACAGAUCCGAGUGAUUGCAGCACGAACUUCCCUGGUAGCGCAUCUUGUGAUCGCUACCAUGAUGGUGCAGCCUUCUUGCAAGCUAUGCAAAGUCGAUCUCAGCAAACGUUGGGAGCAGAUCGAGUAGAUCUUGAAAUUUUGAGUCAAGGUGCCGAAAAAGCCCUGAGGGCUGGUUGCAAUGUAACCGAUUUGAACAACGGCGCAUGCAUAGGAAAUGAUGUAUGUGUAGGAUGUAACUUGCCAGGUGCGCAAGGAGUUUUGCCACAAACAGAAGACUUCUUCCCGAACAGAGAAUUUCGUUGCGAAGGCAACCGCACUUGCUCACAGGUUGUUGACUCACCAUUCACGUUCGCUUCGGCUGGACAAGCCAUGGUCUGCAUCGGAGAUGCGACCUGCACAGAUGUCUGGUUCGUUUCAAAUGUGGGGGCAGUGUGCUGUUCAUCUGCAAAUGAUGGGGACACUUGCUCCAAUUCAUCCUUCAAUUUGACGGUCAACGAUGUCAUUUGCCAAAAUGAUGUGUGCUGUGAUGGCACUCGGGUGUGCACAAAUUCUACUAUGUACGACGUUGAAAGCCUCCUUUGCCGUGGUCUUCUUGCCUGUUCCGACUCACAGGUGAUCUUGGAGCAAGACUUGUACUGCAACGCCACCUCAGAGUCCAAUCCAUCAUCGUCCGGGAGCACUUGUAGCGAUAGCACUUUCACUUUUGUGGUCAAUGACACGCAUGUGGUGGAUUGCCUGGGUGACUUCGUAUGCGAGAACUCCAACUUCAGCUUCAAUCAGGAUUCCGCGAUCAAUUUCGAUUGUGAUUCCGAGGCUCCAGGUACAGGAGGAGGACAGGGUGCGUGCAACAAUGCCACAAUCAACUUGGCACCUGGUGCCUGCUUUGAGUUGAACUGCAUCCAAGACGAUGAUUGCAUUGGCUUGGUGGUGAACCUGUUUGGGGGCAAAUGUUAUUUCAACAUGUUCAACCAGGAGAACCGUCCCAAUUUUGUGGAUGUUUGCGACAAGUUCAACUCAACUGGAUUGUCUCCAUGUGGACCUAUCACGCCGCAAGAAAUCUGCUGCCGAGACGAUCCAUCAUGUGCCUCCUGCUGUGUGGAUAUCAACAUCACCACUACAAGUGCGAACGGGAGUGGUUUCCCUCCCACCUCCAGCACCUCCACCACCUCCACCACCUCGACUACGACUACGACGACUACGACGAUUUACCCUCGCAACCGCCGCAAUCGCCGCAACAGGCGCGAGCACCGCAGGAACCGCCGCCAGAAUCGCAGGAACCGUCGUCAACAUGCACGACAGUACCGCUACAGUUGAGGAGGUGGUGGAUGGAAGAUGUGAGAUGCCAGGAUUCUCUGAAGAUGGGCAAAGAUCCAUUGAGAGCCGGGGCUGGAUUAGAUAUAUGAACUGGAAAUUUUUCCAGGCGGCAUUUGCACACUUCCGAUUUGUAUUGCAGCCGUGGU